AUGAGCAGCGGGCCUAAGGCUGGGCUUUCGUCUCUUCCUUUCAAUUUUUUCAGCACUGUUGAAAGCGUCGGAUCCACUCCUUCUUCUCGAAGUAAUAACAAGGAAAAAGGAGAUCAACAAAGAAAUAAAUCAAGACCGCGCUCAAGAAAGAAUGCCACUACAAGAUCCAAAGAAAAUCAAUACGGUGAUUUGAAUACAGUUCCAAUGAAAGAUGGUAGUGCAGCGUCCAACAAUGCUCCUCAUCUAUUGAGAACCAUCAAUGUUGGAGCCCUAGUUUCACAAUCACCUGAGCAUUUGGGUUUCGAACCCUUACAACACCAGUCUCGUCCUUUACCUAGUUUUCUCAUACAGCAAAUACCUCAAUUGACCCCGCGUCCGUUUGUUCAGGAUCCUUGGGACCGCAAUAAUCAAGAAAAGAUGCUCGGCUUGGAGCAAACUGUAACAGACGUGACAGAAUUGUGGGAAACCUUCAAAAAAAUGCGAGAAACUGAAAGGAACUUUAUGGAAGAGAAAGGUCUGGUAGACAAAGCUGAAAUGGCCAAGAAUCUUCAGGAAGCAAUCAUUUUCCAAGGUACGUGCUUAGACAUGUGCCCGAUUUUUGAACGUACGCGACGGACCGUCGAGAACAACGUCGUGCGAUAUGAAAAAGAAGACCAAAGUAGUAAAAGAGCUUCCAGAUCCAAGGCUUUAAAGGUAUUUGCAAGACCUGCUGCUGCCGCCGCCCCACCAUUGCCAUCUGAUGUCAGGCCUCCGCACGUCCUAGUCAAAACCCUAGAUUACCUAGUGGAUAACAUUCUCAAUCAACUUCCAGAUUGCGAGGCAUUCUUAUGGGAUCGCAUGCGGUCUAUCAGACAGGAUUUUACGUUCCAGAACUAUAGUGGUCCAGAGGCUGUUGACUGUAACGAGAGAAUUGUGCGUAUUCACCUACUGGUUUUGCACGUAAUGGCUGUGUCUAACCAAGAGUACAGUAGACAGCAAGAGCUGGAACAGCUUCACAAAGCUCUCAUUACCCUAUCAGAAAUAUACGAUGAGCUUCGUAAUAAUGGGAAAGCCGCGCCUAACGAGGCGGAAUUCCGCGCAUAUUCCCUCUUGAGUCGAGUGCGAGAUCCAGAAUACGAUAAAAUGAUCCAAGAAAUGCCAAUAGAAAUUUUCAGCAACAAGCUUGUUCAACUGGCUGUAUGCUUUCGCAGGAUAAUUUCCAAUUCGCUUUUCAGUGAAAGAGGUCAUAUCAAAACUGAAAGUGGUCUCAACCUCUACCUAAGAUUCUUCGAGCUUCUUAAAUCCGAGGAAGUUCCUUUUCUCAUGUGUUCGUUUUUGGAGGUUUACCUGAACGAGAUCAGAUUUUAUGGAUUCAAGUCCCUUGCACAUUCUGUUAAUCGAAAGCAUAAGCCGAUACCCUUUGCAUAUGUGAUAGAAAUAUUCCAAUUCAACAAUCUUGACGAGCUUCAGAACUUCUGCGAGUACUAUUCGGUAGAAACCAAUACCGAAGGUAUUAUCAUCACGUCAUUGGCACAUCAUUCUCAUAUUUUGCCUGAGACGAAGCCAAUGAAGCAAAGCUAUUUGGUAUGUGUUGAUAAAAAGAUACCAAAUGGUUCAAUAAUCGACCUUGUCAAUGGAAGUAGCCGAAUUUCUGACGGCAAUGGCCUUUUUGAGCCAAGCCCGUUAGCGGCUGUUCAACAACAGUCAAAGAAAUCCGCCGAACUCAAAUACCCUUCGAGAGUGCCUUCAGUUGUCAAGAGGCAAGAUGACCAGGGCAAACUAACUAGACCCCGAAAUCCUUCAAACAGUUUUGCAUUUAAUAUAUCUGGAAACAAUACUCCGGACACUGUAGCCUCCAAUGUAGAGGCCAACAAACAAAAACAAAAUAACGACGAAACAAAAAAUGCCUUAAUGCUACCAAAAGUUCAAAACGAUGAUCUUGUGGUGCAAAGCAAGAGUCGAGAACGAUCGGAAAUCGACAAAAAAAAAGAGAGAGAGGAACAUAUUGCCCGUUUACGACAGGAGAACCAUGAAUUGGCGGAGAAACGACGGCUCGCAAAUCAGGAAGAGGAGAUAACAAAGAGCGCAACAGCUCUACUAGCUGAAACCGUAAUUGAAAAGCAUGUCAAAUCAUUGGUAAGUGAUGUCGUUAAACAACAAAUCGCAGCUAUGGAUGUGAAAACGCGAAAAAUUAAUGCUCUAUCUUCGGAGUUGUAUGAAUCAUUUAUUCACGAGCUUCUCUAUUUUAUCCACUUAGAUUGUCGCGCUGAUAUUUUCCACUCCGAGAUGAUAUCGAAGCGGCUAUUUAACGCAUGGAGAAUGAGAUACAUCAAGCGAAAGAAAAAACAUGAAGAAAAACUUCAAAGUAUUCAUGAACUUGCAGAAACCGGUCGUCAGCUCGGGGUGCCCAAUCUUAAGAGACCUAGACUGUCGUCAGCGUCCAAUUCAUAUGAAGGUUCGACGUUUUCAUUUCCCGUGAAGUCAGAAAACAGCAUAUUUUUGACACCAAUGCAGAACGAAGAAAGUCAUUCUAAAAGGACAAUUCAGACUAAUAAACAAGUGUGGGAGCCUUUAAGUCUAAAGGAAAUUUAUUUGAUGCCGUUGAUAUCGAAACUGACAGAAUACAGCCUCAACGCACAGUGGGUCCAAGAAAAUUGCAAGAUCUUGAAUAUUUCAUUAUACUCCCGAAAAUGGGAAGCAGUUUCUUCGCGUUGGCUGCUCGCAAAGUUUGGACUCGAUUCAAAAGCAAAGCGCUCGCGGAUUAGUCAAAGUGACUUCGUCCUAGGGCUCGACGCGGUUGGGGACAAGGACACUUCAGACGUUUCUGAAGAUCUUCAACUUUUUGUUUAUAAUAGUGGCGUUACGGACAAUGACAUAUUUGACUUAGAACUGAAGCUAAAGCAGGACGGCGAGAGGCUCAUCGAACUAAUACAUGGGGUUGCACUCAAAGCCAACUAUGUGUUUUCUUUGAUGAUUGUUUAUUGGGAGUCAGCAGAAAAUCCACUGUCUAUCAAGAAGAUCAUGGAGUUGCUGAGACUCAACAAGAUUGCGGAGGGUUUUGCUCCUGUUCUUGCCGACAUAGAGAUCGUCAGAAUGAGCGGUACUAGUCCUCACGCAGCCCUCGCUAAGGGACUGACUUCGAUAGCCAAUUCUUUUACGCUCAAAUUGACUGAGCGGGGAAAAUACAAAAAGGGCACGAAUCAUCGACGCCACACGCCAGCAGUAAUAACAACGCGGAGAAAAUUCGAUUCAGCGAAAAAUAUCGAUGAGUCUCUUCAGAAAGCGCUGGUUCAGGACAUGGCCAAACGUCCCGCGAUAAAAGACAGGAACGACGUGUACGCUCGCUUGCAAUCCCAUAUUUCGGCCUCGCCACGAAUGAGAUCACGAAAGCUCUCUGUGUUACUUUCCGACUCUAACAGAGAAAAAUUCAAGACUCCCAAAAGAGUGCGCUCUUCGACUGAAAGAAGCGCUUCGGAAUCCGUAACUUCUCUUCCUUCCUACUUGGCGGUAAAGGCGAGACCGGAGGCAGUCACUGGUCGCCAGCUGAAGAAUCCCUCUACCUUCGUAGGGACGCCCAGUCAUUCUCGUUAUCAAACGGAUCAUUUUCCAAAUUCCACCGUUUUACACACGCCAUCGUUGACGUCGGUGAUUGGCCAUGGAUCAGCAAACAUAAGCGGCAUGUCGAACAUCACAUUUGACUCUGAGGUAUCAACCUCGGUGUCCGAAGAACCUGGACCAAACCCCCCCGCAGAAGUACAAAUGACUUCACUUUCGGCUGCCAUAGGAAAUGACCGCUUAAAGUUAGAAACUGGACAACCCGAGACUGUUCCCGAAACCAUUCUCGAACUACAAAAAUUGAUUAAAUCGGUCAAGACAAAAUUGCAAAGGCAGUAA